ACAGGAGUGGAGCCCGAGGCACCGUCGAUGCUGCACAUCGGCCGGGCGUCGCAAGAAUACCAGCUGGUAGAGGAGGCGCUGUACGCGCUGAUGGGCAUCGAGUCUGAGCACAUCCGAGCGUUCCCCUCGGCAGAUGGCCUGGUCUUCCAGCUGGCAUCGUCGGCUGACGUCGAUGCGUCGAUUGCUGACUUGCUCGGCCGCAUCCUGCCGCUGGCGUCUGCGUACUCGGCCGUGACCGCGUUUGUGGAGACCGGGUCGCGGUACGAGGCUGGCCUGGUCUCGCACGCUCUCUGCGCCGCAGUUCGCGAGCUUCUCAACGAGUACCUCAUUGUUGUGGCGCAGCUAGAGACCCAGUUUGGGCUCGGCCAGCUCAACCUGCAGAAGAUGUGGUUUUUCGUUCAGCCGUCGCUCUCAACCGUUACCGCACUGGCGACGCUCGCGCGCUCGAUCCGCGACCAGGGCGCUCGCGGCGGCUCGCUCCUCUCACUCCUACACGAGGCGCUUGAGGUCUCGGCCGGUGACUCGCCAAAGCGUGCGCUCAUCGAGCACCUGCUCUCGGCAGCGUCGGUGCCGUACUUUUCGGCGCUCACGGCCUGGGUCACCGCCGGUUCGGUCGUCGACCCGUACGCAGAGUUUAUGGUUGUCGAGCACCCCGACAUGGCCAAGGAUCUUGGUCUGCCGGCGCUCUCGGACUCGUACUGGAGCGAGCGUUACACACUGCGCGAGGCCAAGGCUGUGCCGCGCUUUCUGGCGCCGCACGCUGCCACCAUCCUCACCACCGGCAAGUAUCUCAACGUCAUUGCGGGGUGCGGGCUGCCUAUUCCGUCCGAGACCCUGCUGCCGGCCGGCGAAGCGGCUGUGGCGUACGCAUCCAACGAGCGCGAGUACGCCAAGACGAUUGAGCAUGCGCACGCACGUGCAGCUGCGCUGCUCAUCGAUGUGCUCAUGCGCAAGCACGCUCUCCUCGACCGCCUUGGCUCCAUCAAGCGGUACUUUCUGCUCUCGCAGGGCGACGUGCUCCCACACUUUUUCGAGAUCGCCGCUGACGAGCUCGCUCGUCCGGCGUCGGCUGUCGACAUCGAGAAGCUCGAGGCGCUCCUUGAGCUUGCAGUCCGGAGCACGUCGGCCCGCGGCGACGAGCACAAGGACGAGCUCGGCCUCCGGCUCGUUCACACCUCAAUUGCGUCUGAGCUCGCACACAUCAACACAGCAGGCCUUCCGUCAGGCUCGAGCGCCGGUGCCAAGGCCGGCGCUGGUGAGCUUACUGGCUUUGAAGCCUUUGCCUUUGACUUUGUCGUCGAGUGGCCGCUCAACCUGGUCAUCUCGUCGGCCGCGCUGACCAAGUACCGGCUGCUCAACAGGCACCUCAUCAAGUCAACGCGGGUGUGCAAAGCCAUGUCGGCAGCGUGGGCCAUCCACAAGCUGACCAAGACCGCCCACGUGCAGGCUUACUUUAAGCGUGCGUACGCGCUGCGCUCCAAGAUGCUGCACUUUGUCUCGUCGUUCAGCAACUACAUGUUCUACCAGGUCCUCGAGCCGGCGUGGGCGCAGUUGACAGCAACGCUGGCGGGGGCCACCUCGCUGGCCGACGUGGUCACCGCCCAUGAGGCAUUCCUCAACGCCGCGCUCAAAGAGUGCCUCCUCACCCACCCGGAGCUGCUCAAACUCCUCACCAAGCUUAUGUCGACCUGCUCCAUCUUUGUUGACUACACAGCCCACCUGUCAGCGACGCUCUCGCUUGACGGCGACUCGAUCUUUGUCAUCCCGCCGGGCCUCGUCGACUCUGCUGUGGAGGGUCUCGAAGAAGAGGCCGCUAUCGCCCAAGCGCUUGCCGUGCGUCGCGAGCACGCCGCCGCCGCUGUCGAUACCACAGCCACAGUGCUCGACGACAAGUACCACCGGACGCUCGCCAAGUUUGAGGAGAACUUUGGCUACCACAUGCGCCUCUUCCUGCAGACCAUUAACCUCCUCUCGGGAACCGAGAAGCACCUAGCCGCUCUCUUUGCUACCUUUGACUUUAACGGCUUCUACGGCGAUGCCCUCGGCCUCUUCAGCUACGCAUAGACACCUCGGAUAAAGCAGGCAAUCACUCC